AUGUCAUCUGUAAGCGCGCGAGUCUACCCGAUGCUUGCAGACAAUCGCAAACUGACCGCUAAGCUUAGUGUAGCAGACGAACACGCGAUGGAUGGCGAGGAUGAAUGGACAAUUCUUCACGACAGAUUCCCGUGGAAACGCUACAAAUCAGAGACCAUAGAGCAGAAGUACAUACUAUUCAGGAAGGAGAAAAUGUUGUGUAUUUCCAAACACCUACCUUUAUCGUCUGUUGUAUUCGGAGGCAUAAUUUUUGCGCUCAGUAUUUUCCAUUUUGAAGAGGAGAAGGUACCGGUCAUAUUGUCUACCUGUAUCUUUCUCCUGGUAAAUAUUGCCGUUCUCAGUCUGUACUGCGCGAAGGAAAUUCAGACUAACACUUCGCACAUCGUAUCACAAUUUGUCAACAUUUUGCCCUUUUUCCUUUUGGUGUUUCUCCAGAUCUCGGAUCUACAGGAUAUUUCACUAACAGGGACCCGGAUGGAGUGGGUCGUGUUCUUAGUCUUUCUAGCGUUUGUCACCCUUCCCGUGAGAUACUGGAUAUCUUUAAAUGCAACGAUAUAUUUCUGUACCUGUGCUUUUGGAACCUACAUGUAUCAUCAGAUGGACAUGUACCUUAGGAAUGCGUUCUUUGUGAUGAAGGACUCUUUCUUCACUAACAUUGCAAUAGAACGCACCCAAACCCUGCAGAAAAAUCUACUUUCCUCCACUUUGCCAAAAGCUGUUGUAGUGAAGAUGGGGGUGGUUCCUGUCCACAAGCACCUGUGCCAUUUCUAUGAUCAGCAUACUCUCACUAUGCUGUUCUGUCACGUUGUGGGAAUAGGUGACCUUGCCGAUAGAUCUCCUCAGUCUUGCUUAGCGCUGAUCAACGACCUGAUGGCACAGUACACUGUCCUUGCAAAGAAGCAUUUUAUGGAGGAGGUGGGUUGGUCUCUUAGUGAGUACAGUGUCGUCUGCGGGGCGAUGGAGACAAGGGCAGACCACCCCAUCCUGACGGUGUACAUGGCCAUGGCUAUGCUGGAUUAUUUUAGAGAACUGAAGCAGAAGGUAAAGAUUCCCAAUGUCCAUCUAAAGAUCGCCGUCCAUACUGGGGAUAUCAGUACAGCUGUCCUGGGGACUCGUAAUUGGAAAUAUAACCUUCUUGGAAAUGACGUCAUCAAAGCCAAAGCCCUAUUAAAGCAGACUCAGAACGGGCAGGUCCUAAUCUCAGGUGCUACUAGAUCAACCCUGCAUGACGAAUUCAUCAUAGAGACGAUCUCAGAAUCAGCCUUCUCUGUAAAAUACGUCAUCAAAAGGUUCAGUGCCUCUGAUUACGAAAUGGGGAUAGCGGCUCGCAGAAUUCACAGAAAGCGACUAGAAGAGGAUGUCCAAAAGCUACGAGAUAGGAGCAUAAAAAUCAGAGAAUUGAAAAGGAAGCGAUCCAGUAUGCAGACUUUUUACCAGAACUCCAUUAAACACGUAUGUGACAGAAAAAAGGAAGGUCUGAGUGUGGCCUAUAUUUGCCUCUGUGUCGGCUUUAUUCUCACUAACUUUUACAUCAACGCUGUCAUCUCUAACAUUUCAUCCUCAGACUUCAUACUUCUAGCCAUUUCAGUACUGUUUCUUCUGAGUUUUAUCCCCUUUAAUUUCGUCAUUAGUAAAAUAGAGCAUCACAAGUCCAUUCUAACUUUGAUAUUUGGUCACUUGUUCUUGAUUGGAGUGGUUGCUUCCUUUAUUUGCUCAACUGUGAUAUUACUGGUAGAUUGUAAAACAGCUUUUUUAUCAAACAACGACACAACGACUCCCGCCAAUUCUCAGCUCAGUGAUGACGUGUGCUCAUUUCCGUCCUUUCUUACUGUAGCGGCCAGUAUCCUGUUGGUCGCCCUGUCCACCUGCAGUGUGAUCGGACUGGCCAGCAAGCUUUGUUUUAUCACGAUUAUUGCGGCACUGCACUAUCUGAUAAAUUUCAGUAUUUUUCCCUCCUUCUCUGAUUGGUUUUUUGAUUAUCCGGGAUCCUCGGUACCAAAGGACGACCUGACAGUACACUUCGGCGGAAUUUGUGUCUGUGUUCUCCUUCUCAAUAUACAGAUCUCUAGCCUUUCUAGCGGACUGGUGGCUUUAACGUUCAGAAAUAGACGUAAAAACCAACAGCUUUUAGACUGCAAGCAGAAAUACAGGUUACUGGUGCUAGACUCGUUUCCAUUUGAAGUAGCUACCGCCUUUCUUAGCUUUAUUGACCAUCAUAAGAGCGUGUUUGAGGGAACAGUCAAUGAUGUCGGUGUUGCUGUUCUUUCGUUGUCGUCCGAUGACGACGCUGAAGAUCCGGACAAUGAAACAUCUGAAAUCGAUGACAAAAUAUUACAGAUUGUUGAAAAAAUGGACAAGAUGCUACAGUUCUCGUAUAACAUGGUGUACCGGGUAUCCUCGUCUGUGACGUCACACACCUUUAUCAGUGGAGUGUGUUACGGUGCUCAGGAUAAUCAAGAUGUUAAGGAUUACAGACAUCUAGAUCAAUUGAUGAGUUUUGUGCAUCAAAUUCAAAAGAUUUGCUCAGAUAUGAAUGUUGAAAAUAUGAAAGCAGGUGUGCACUUUGGAUCCACUUUAUCCAGUAUUGUAGGCGGAUCCAGGGCUCGAUGGGGUGUCUGGGGAACAACGAUAGAUACUGCAAAUGAAAUUCACUCAAUAUCAACACCAAACACGAUUAAGGUGUCAAAAGAAGUUACAGAUAGGUUGGAGACGUUUGGAUACAACUUUGAAAACCCAGAAAAUUUUAAAAUGGCGGACGUUUCUGUGACAGUUUUCACCUACAGAGAACCUUCAUGACGUAAAACUCAAUUGAUCUGUUAAAAGCACAAUACUGAUUGCAGGGGCGGUAAAUUGCGUUGAUGAGUGUCUGGAAUACUUUAACACUUAUUUGUCCUUUUGUCAUUUUAAUUAAAAUUUCUUAUUUGUCAAAACACAAAUACUUGUACCUACCUCUA